UCCGGAGUAUCUCCUACCUCUGUUGCCCCAGACAUGGCAACUCCUAGCCCUGUGACUCCGGAGACACCCUUUGAACCAUCGAAGCCCCCAGUCAUUGAGGGCUUUAGCCCCAGUGUUUACAGCAAUCCGGAAGGCUUCAAGGAAAACUUCCUUCGCAAGACUCGUGAAAACCCAAUGGUACCCAUAGGCUGCCUGGGCACAGCGGCCGCCCUCUCCUGCGGCCUCUACUGCUUCCAUCGAGGCCAUAGCCAGCGCUCACAGCUCAUGAUGCGUACCCGGAUCGCCGCCCAGGGCUUCACCGUCGCAGCUAUCUUGUUGGGUUUAGCUGCAUCGGCUAUUAAGUCUCGACCCUGAUUCCACUGCCAGCUCGUGAAAGCUCUGCGGAAGAUCAUUCCAAACCCCAGGAGCAACCACCAGCCCUGCCAAGAGACUCAUUCCC